UUUUCCUCAAAUCUGUUCAGGCCCUAAUUUCUCUCUCGUCUUCUUCGUUCGUUUCGCCUUCAAUAUACGGAAUAACGAAUACCUAAUAUCCUUCAAAUCUCAAAAUUUCUCCGUCAGGAUUCUUCUUUUACCGCCUCCGCUAUCUACAGAACUGGCCAGUUUGAAUAAGCAGUUUUUCUUUUGUGAUGGAAAAUGGAGUUGUUGAUGAUUUGAAUUUCUCGACUACUCCUAAGGUGAAGGAGGAGGUAGUUGAACACGAGGUUACAAGCUCAGACACAGUUGAAUCAGAAUCUGAUGUCUUCUUUGAGGAUUCAAUAUCGACGCCACGCUUAACUCAUAAUGACGAUUUUAAGAGCACUUCUGAAAUUGAGGUUGAGAGUUUCGAAGAAGCGAGUGGAAUUUUAUCUGCAGCUGAAAACCACAAUGAUGAGAUGCAACAGGUUCUUGCUGAAGAUAAGAUAGAAGGUGCGGUGGUGAAUCAUGAAGCUAUUGUUGGAGAAACUGCUCCAGAGGCUCACCGAGGAGAAGAAUAUCAAAACGGUGUUUAUGGAAUUUCAUCUGUAACUGAAAACCACAAAGAUGAGGUUCAGUUUAUUGCUGCUGAAGACAAGACAGAUGUUGCGGCGGCAGACAACAAACCUAUUGUUGAAGCAACUGAUUCAGAUGCUCACGAAGGAGAAACCACAACUAACGAAGAAAUAGGGGAGGUAAUAAUGCCCGAAGAACAUCAAAAUGGUGUUUAUAAGAUGGAGAAAGAGGCCGAUCUUAUUUCAUCGACAACUGAAAACCACAAAGAUGAGGUUCAGAUUGUCUCUGCAGAAAAGAGAAAAGUUGUGUUGGCAGACUACGAAUCCAUUGUUGAAGCAACUGCUGCACCAGAUGAUCACCAAGGAGAAACCACAUCUGAUGAACAAAUAAGUGAGGUAAUACCUGAAGAACUUCAAAAUGGUGCAACUGAAAACCACAAAGACAAGGUUCAUUUUGUUGCUGAAGAUGAAAUAGGGGAAGUAAUACCUGGAGAACUUCAAAAUGGUGCAACUGAAAACCACAAAGACGAGGUUCAUUAUGUUGCUGAAGACAUGAAAGAAGUUUUGGCAAAAAAAGAAACCACAGCUGAAGACGAAAUAGGGGAAGUAAUACCUGAAGAACAUCAAAAUGGUGCAACUGAAAACCACAAAGAAGAGGUUCAUUUUGUUGCUGAAGACAAGAAAGAAGUUUUGGCAAAAAAUGAAACCAAAGCUGAAGACGAAAUAGGGGAAGUAUUACCUGAAGAACAUCAAAAUGGUGCUUAUGAGAGAGUGAAUUUAUCUGACUUCCAGGUUAUUAGUAAUGCAAAGGACGAUGUGGAUAUAAUAACCAGGGAAAGGCUCAAGAUAGAUAGUACACUCGAGACAUCUGACACUCCUUCAGCGCCUGAGGUUGAUUGUGAAUCUUCCCAAGAACCAAUUCAGAAUUUAUCUACUGACAAUAAUGACAAAAUGGAACCAAUUUUUGAAGAGAAAGAGGAGAAAGUUGUAGAUCCUACGGAGGAAGCUGAUAUCAAACCCGCAGUUGUCAUCCCUCCAUCCUCCCAAAAGUCUACUACUACAUACCCUGCAGGUCUUGGACGUGCCGCCCCUUUGUCAGAACCUGCACCUCGAGCAGUACAUCAUUCUCGUGUUAAUGAAGCUCAAUCGCAAAACCAAUCAGUUGACGAUGGAGUAGGGGAAGCAUCAGAGGAAUAUGAUGAGACUCGUGAGAAACUUCAGAUGAUAAGAGUCAAAUUUUUGCGGCUUGCUCUUCGGCUAGGUCAGACUCCCCACAAUGCAGUCGUGGCUCAAGUCUUGUAUAGGCUCGGGCUUGCAGAGCAGCUUCGAGGAAGAAGUGGGGGUCGUGUGGCUGCAUUUAGCUUCGACCGCGCAAGUGCAAUGGCUGAGCAGCUUGAGGCGGGUGGGCAGGAGCCACUCGACUUUUCUUGCACAAUCAUGGUUCUGGGGAAAAUCGGAGUGGGUAAAAGCGCAACUAUAAACUCGAUAUUCGACGAGAUUAAGUUCGGAACCGAUGCCUUUCAGUUGGGAACGAAAAAAGUUGAAGACGUUGUCGGAACUGUCCAGGGAAUCAAGGUUCGGGUUAUCGACACGCCUGGUCUUCUCCCUUCCUGGACUGACCAACAGCAUAACGUGAAGAUUCUGCGUUCGGUUAAGCAGUUUAUGAAGAAGACGCCACCAGACAUCGUUUUGUAUCUGGACAGGUUGGAUAUGCAGAGUAGGGAUCUCACUGACUUGCCACUUUUGCGCACCAUUACAGAAAUAUUUGGGCCUUCGAUUUGGUUCAAUGCGAUUGUUGUUCUUACCCAUGCGGCUUCGGCACCUCCUGAAGGUCCAAAUGGUACCACAACGAGUUACGACAUGUUUGUGACUCAAAGGUCUCACUCCGUCCAGCAAGCAAUUCGAAUGGCGGCUGGAGAUAUGCGGCUUAUGAACCCUGUCUCUUUAGUGGAGAACCAUUGUGCUUGCAGGACUAACAGGUCUGGCCAGAGAGUUUUGCCCAACGGUCAAGUUUGGAAGCCUCAUCUCCUAUUGCUCUCCUUCGCUUCCAAAAUUUUGACGGAAGCAAACGCUCUUCUGAAGUUGCAGGAUGGUCCGCCAGGAAGACCCUUUACUACUCGAACGAGAUCACCUCCUUUACCGUAUCUGCUUUCGUCUCUUCUUCAGUCCAGACCGCACUUGAAACUGCCCGAGGAGCAGUUUGCAGGAGACGACGAUGACAUUGAAGAAGACUCGUCAGAAUCUGACAACGAGUCAGAAUUCGAUGAACUGCCGCCGUUUAAACCAUUGGCGAGAGCUGAGCUGGCCAAGCUUGCUAAAGCUCAGAAGAAAGCAUACUAUGAUGAAAUAGAAUACAGAGAGAAACUGUUUAUGAAGAAACAGUUAAAAGAGGAGAAGAUGAGGAGGAAGAUGAUGAAGAACAUGGCUGCUGCUAAGGAUCUUCCAGUAGAAGAAGAAGAAAGUGAGGAAGGAGCGGCAGCAUCGGUUCCAGUUGCGAUGCCUGAUUUGGCUUUGCCAGCUUCUUUCGAUGCUGAUUAUCCAUCCCACAGAUACAGAUGUCUCGAUUCUCCCAACCAGUGGGUUGUGCGACCGGUUCUGGAUACUCAAGGAUGGGACCAUGAUGUCGGUUACGAAGGAGUGAACGUAGAAAGACUGUUUGUGGUGAAGAAGAAGAUACCGGUUUCUUUAUCUGGGCAGUUGACGAAAGACAAAAAGGACAGCACCCUACAAAUGGAGCUGUCCAGUUCCCUUAAACACGGAGAAGGCAAAGCCACUUCCUUAGGUUUUGAUAUGCAGACGCUAGGCAAAGAUAUGGCCUACACUCUAAGAGGCGAGACCAGGCUCAGUAACCGUAGGCGAAAUAAGUUUUCGACUGGCGUUUCGGCCACCCUACUGGGCGACAGUUUGACUGCGGGGUUGAAACUGGAGGACAAAUUAAUUGUAAACAAGCGGUUCAGGAUGGUGCUUUCGGGUGGUGCAAUGGCAGGUCAGGGUGAUAUUGCUUAUGGAGGCAGUUUGGAAGCAACCUUGAGAGACAAGGACCAUCCUUUGGGGAGAUUCCUGAGCACUCUAGGUCUGUCGGUAAUGGAUUGGCACGGGGAUCUCGCGAUAGGAGGUAACCUACAGUCGCAGAUUCCUAUUGGACGGUAUACAAACUUGAUUGCCAGAGGAAACUUGAAUAACAGAGGGUCGGGGAAUGUGAGUAUACGACUGAAUAGCUCGGAACAACUCCAAAUUGCUCUGAUUGCUGUUAUUCCUCUCAUCAGUAAGCUAGUGGGUUACCCUCAACAAUUGCAGUAUGGACAAUGAUCGGACAAAUCUAUGUAAGUUUUGUAGUCUGUUUCUAUUUUAUGGUUUUGAUCUGGUUUGGUCUCAUUCUCUCAAAUUUUAUUUAUGCUCUCUUAUUGAUGCCAUUAUUAUUAUUAUUAAUGAGUUGAGGGUUGGGACCCAACAGAACUGAGAACAAGUUUUAUUUAUUAAUGUCACAUAAAAUAUUUCUAUGUU